AUGAAGACGGAUACCUCCGACCCGGCAAAGCUGCAGGCCAGAAUUAAGGAGUUGGAAGCCCAAGUGAAGGAGCUCGAGAAGGGCCGCAUGAGCUUCGAGCCAGGCAUGCUCGCUCUCUCGCGCAUGUCAACCUACGAUGCACGCAUGUCACAGCGGAAGAGCGCUGUCGAUGGCGUCCCACAUGUGGGCACUACGUCCACCAACGCCGCCUGUAUGUCCCUGAUCACCACGAUGGUCGGCUCGGGCGUGCUCGGCUUCCCGGCCCUCUUUGCCAAGGGGGGCUGGUGUAUCACGGGCCCGCUGCUGUUCAUUAACGGACUCGCUGGCCACCUCUCGCUGCUCGAUAUGUCGUGGUACGAGGACAUGGCGGAAGUUCCCUUUGGCAAACCCGGCAUCUACUUCGCCUCCUUCAUGGUCAACUCGUUCCUCCUCUUCCUCUCUGGCGCCUACCUCAUCCUCAUUGGCUCGAGCCUGGAGUUUGUCACCAACGCCUGGCUGCCAUACCGCCAUUGGGUGCUCGUCCUCUCGGUCCUAUUCUUGCCACUGGUGCUGCUUGACGAUAUGACGGCGAUCGCGCGCCUCGCGGGCGUCGGCGUCGCCGCCUCGAUCAUGUAC